UAUUUCUUUCUGUGGAUUCAUUUAUGUAUUAUUGUUUGUUUCCAAGUGGUUGUCACUCAGGUUUCUGAUAACUGUAGUGUGGGUGUCGCCAGAGUGGUGUAAGGUGGUGUUGUUAUGGAACUUUGCAGCUGCUCCUAAUCGAUUCAACCUCCAUCUGAAUAUUUUAGUUCAUCUAUGCUUUUGAAUUUUUUCUACAGAAUAGUGGGAUUAUAGUUAUUCCCAAACGCCUUGUGAAGAGUAUUCUUUUUGGAACGAAGGCUCAAGAAGAGCCCGGCUUUGAAUUAACAAAGCCAUCAACCGGCCAGGAAAACAGAGAAUACAACCACGAACCACACAAAGAAAAGGAAAAACCAUGGCAAAGAUAUAAAGGCGCUGGGAGACAGCUCACAUAGCACACAACCAGCUAGAUACCAGAUCAACAUGAAGCUAAUAGCUAGGAGAUGCUAGGGACCUCUUGCACACUCAACCAAGGGGAAGGCAACUGCCGGCUCAGGGCAAGGAACCGACGACGAUGAGAGGCAUGCCAUCGCCAGAACACCAGGGGCUUGUAGAGAACACAAUCAGACCAUUCCAUCGUCAAAGAAGGCCCCUGCCUCCUCGCCUGGCUCGAAAGGCGCCGUACCGUUGAGCGAUGGACUGGUUCACCCUAGAACCUGCCUGAAUGGCACCCAAGGAAGCCACAGGAGCGGAACCAGGUGAUCCUCACAUGUCGACGGCGACUCACCUAGAGCCAAGCAGCCCCAAAACCGAAGAUCGGAUGAGAAAGAGGGUGAGCUGCCAGGAUGAAGGGCAACAGCAAGGGCCAAGACCAAAACUCAGAAGCUCUGGCACCCUCGGCGAGCUGGAGAGGGAACCACCGGAGGAGGGGAACCCUAUCCCCUCCCUUCCUGGAGAUCCACGGCACCGGAGGCCCUCAAAAGCCGCACGGAGUGCACCACCAUAACAGAACCCCGCACCAGGGGCGGCAUGCCUGCCGCUGGAGACUUGCUGUCGCCGCCGCCGCACACCCAACCGCACCACACCGGAGCCCACCGCCCCACUUGUUCCCAAAAACAGCGUCUUCAAGAAGAUUACGGCGCCAGGGGCGUCGCCGCUGUCCAACAAAGUUUGGAUUUCCACCCGGGAAGCAAGGGGGCAUGUGACGGGGAGGACAGGACCUGACCGACGCCUCCAAGGAGGUGAGCGGCGCCCGCGGGCGUCGUCGCCGUCGCGCCAGCAAGGCUGGCUAGGGGUUUCCCCCGGUCCUGGAGCCCCUCCAUCCGCUCCCACCCACCGAAACCAGCCCUCCAUGUCGGAGCAGACCGGAUCUGGAGGGGGGAGGAGCACGCCACUGGAAAGUUGGGGUGGAGGAGUAUUCUUAAUUGUAUUCGUUGUUGCUUCGGGUGCUUGUCGAUAUGUCUUAUGUGUAUUCACCUAUAGCUUGAUAUCCUACGAGAGGAGGACAUUUAUACAUGUUUCUCAAUAAUUUUCACUAAACUAUCCAUGCUGUCAUAAGAAAAUGUUAACAAAUACGACAACAUGAUUAGCGCGCACAGUUCCGUCUCUCCCAGCCACUAGUAUUCAAAACAAGUCGCAGUCAAAGCGUUCCGCUGUCCUCCGGCCGCUGCGCUGCCGUCGCCUUGUCCUUUCCCAGCCCCAACCCCCAGGCACCAGUAGCCUCGGCAGGAUGGCUAGCCCGCAGUGCUGCGCGGACCCGGCGACGCUCAACCCCGCCGGCGGGGAGGGCAGGGUCGUCGACAGCCUCGGCGGGAUCGCGGCGUACGUCGCCGGCGUCCGAGAGUCCAAGGCCGCCGUCGUCCUCAUCUCCGACAUCUUCGGGUUUGAAGCGCCGAUUCUGAGCUAUACGUUUCUCUGCUGUGCUUCCUGAUAUUACGACUUCUGUUUCGCGCUGAUAUCUGUAGAGUCAGUCGAGUGCGCUUGCUGUUGAUUUUUCCGUUAUCUUCAUGAUAUCCGCACGAGGAGGACAAAGGAUAUUUGAAUCGCAAUCACCGCAUACAACAUACAAGUUUCUCAUUAUUCAGAAGAUAGCCGAUAAAGUUGCUUCGUCGGGAUAUUUUGUUGUGGUGCCAGAUUUCUUACAUGGGGAUCCAUUUGUACCUGAAAACGCUGACAGACCAAUACAAGUGUGGAUCAAGGAACAUGCCACGGGAAAAGCAUUUGAAGAGGCAAAACCUGUUAUUGCUGCUCUAAAAGAACAAGGAGUGUCUACUGUCGGGGCUGCAGGUUAUUGCUGGGGUGCAAAGGUAGUUGCAGAGUUAGCGAAAGCUAAUGAGAUCCAGGCAGCUGUUAUGUUGCACCCUUCUGCUGUUACUGUUGACGAUAUCAAAGAGGUGAAAUGCCCCAUCGCGGUACUUGGAGCUGAAAAUGACAAAACAUCCCCACCAGAAUUGGUCAAACAGUUCGAGCAGGUUCUAUCUUCUAACACAGGGCUGCAGGCCGCUGCCGUCAUCUCCAACACCUCCGGUAAGGCAACUGGUCGAUCUCCAACACCUGCAGCUUUCCAGACUCUGGUGCCUAUAGAGUAUGUAUACCGAGUAACGGGAACCAUUUUGUCUUUGCAGCGUUCAACGUGCCGAAACUGAGAAACGGUGACCUUCGGUCACUGCAUUCUGACGACCGUACAACCAUGCUGUAGAUGGUGUUAAUGAAACAUAUUUCUUAUGAGAAGGAAAGGGAGCUGGAAUUACAGAAUGGCGAUCUUCUGUUUGUAGUUUUCAGUUCAAAUUUGUCUCCCUUGUCUGCUUCAUACCUUCAUAUUUGUUCAACUUAAUAGGACAUCUGCAUUUGCUUGCAUACAUAUCAGCAAAAGAACGGAAUGCGUAAGUAAAUUUUGAACAUAAUGAAAGAAAUGCUGACCUCAUUAAUCUCCAUGCUGGAAAACUAGAUCGGGAAUGGCCUACAACUGUGCUUCUAUGCUCUUUUCUCUUUAUGGGAGUUUAUUUAUCUUAAGCUAGUGCUAUCCUUCAUUCAUGGGAUUGCCACUAAUGCUAAAUGUCUAUCUAACGGAGGAAGAUAGCGGACAAGGUUUCUUUAUCUGGUUACUUUGAUGUAGUGCCAGAUUCCCUGCAUGGGGAUCCAUACCAGCCCAGCAAUCAUAACAAUCCUGGAAUGUUGGUGCAUGCACAUAGUUCAUUUUGUUGUCUCUGGAUAUCAUCCUUUCUUAUUUAAGGUUCCCAGGUAACUUAUACUCUGUUUUUUCUGAAGUUGUUUGUGGAAAUCUAUACAGCUUUUAUGUCACAAUCUUCCUAGCGUAACUGCGUAAGUACUCUGUUUCAAACAUUGACAUCGGUGAACUCUGUAGACAUCACAGAAAAAACUUCUGGUUCAGGCCUGAAAAAUGGCAUAACGAGCAUUUUGUUGACAAUAACUGCAUGUUAUGACAUUCUAAUCUUUUGGUAACUUAAUAUUUCUGUUCGGUACCUAACAAUAUUAUUACUAAUGCUAUGUAUCUUAGGGGCUUCUACACUUGCAUUUCAGAGACGUAAACAGCUGCUAUUGUGCACCUGAAAGUUAGUUUGUUGUUGAAAGGAAAAAACUACAUAUACUCUUUAACUUGUAAUCCCUCUGAAACUAAUAUAAGAUCUUUUAGAUCACUACACUACUUUAGUGAUCUAAAAGAUCUUAGAAAGCUUGAUGCGGAGGGCCAGAUGCUGUUAAAUCAUGUUUGGGGAGGGCCAAAGCCAACCAAACCAUCGUAAUACACAAUAUUAGCACCAAGUAACUGGUGUAAUGGAAAAUUUUGCAUGUUGGCCUGGGCUGGGGCCCCUGCUAGUCCCCCCUGUCUCCGCCAAUGCCGGGCUCUGCCCAGCAACCACCGCUGCAAUUAGAAGAAUAAAUUAGAAAGUGAUUAGUAAUUUUGAUGGGAAAAUAGCUGUCAUCCGGGGGGCUUAUUGUUAAACAUAGAGUUAUAUUCAGAGGACUCUUGGGCCGGCCGAGGCUAUCUUGUCUCUCAAGUUGGGUUUGUUAGGAUAGAUAUUCUGUUUAACUUAUCUCUAUCCUCUCACCUCCCUCUCCUGUAAUAUCUCAUGUGGUUAGCCUCGACGCUGCCAUCCUCUGUAACCUCUCAACAUAUCAAUAUAUACCUGCGGGUCUCCAUGUA